AUGGCGCGCUGUAUGCUGUUUGAGUCUGGCCUGCCGCUCAAAUUUGGGGGGGGGCGCUGUUCAAUACGCUGCCUACGUGCUCAACAGGAGCCCAACCAGUGCAAACUUCGAGCGGCAGCCCCCACUUGCGGUUCUCACAGGUCACACGCCGAGUCUUGGAGAAAUUGUGGCAUUCGGAUCGCCGUGUACUGUGCGCCGGGACCCUCUGAAGAAAACGUUUGCGCAGCGCGCUCAGCCCGGGAUCAUUGUGGGAAGUCUGAUGAAACCAAAGGGUUCAGCGUUUAUCUCCCCAACAUCAAGAAAGUUGUCGUGACUCAGCAUAGUCAGAAUAUUACGACGCUGUCCGACAGCCAGAACACGCAGUGGCAGCGUGAGAUGCUGGAGGCCAGCCAGUCGAGCGACUCUGUCGAAGCAAGCACCGGCGGGACCGAGAUUUCCGGCCCGAAGAAGAAACGGCGUUCGGCCAGGUUGAAGCAGAAGACUUCGGUCGGUGCGGCACCUCAGGAGACAAGAUCCACUGCAGGCCAAACCUCGGGAAAGGCAGCCAAACAGGAGGAGCACGAUGUAGCCAACGCCGUUCGCGAGGCCGACCCGCGGAAUUAUGGUGAAGCCAUGAGAAGCAGCAUGCUCGAGAAGUGGAUCGACGCAAUGAAUGUAGAGAUCGAAGCUCUGGAAGCCAACGAUGUCUGGACAAUCGAGUAA